AUGGAUAGCGAUAGCACCAGCGUAGAUAUUCAAGAUCACGAAACUUGGGAGCAGAGAAGGGCUAGAUUGAGAGCACUAGAGUCGGUAAACGGAACACAGCUUCAAGCAGAAUCCAAAUAUCGGGUGUCUCUCAAGCUAUGGCCCGCCGUGGAACAAGGCAACGUGGACAAGUUCAUCGAAGCCAUCGAAAACUGUUCUGCCGGAGAGGGGGUCCCUCUGUCCGACAUUAUCAAGAUAGAGGGUCCUUCUGGGAACUCGUUGCUCCACGCUGCGGCAGGUAUCGAGGAGGGCGACAUUCUCCAAGCCCUCCUCGAGGUCAUCCGUGACAAGAGUCUCACCGCCAAGGUGAACUGCCGAGGGGACACCGCGCUACACAUCGCCGCAAGAGCUGGCAGGAUCCGCGCGGCCGAGCUCCUCCUCAGCUGCAGGGGUAUUGUGGACACGGCGAACGACAUCGGAAACACGGCACUGCAUGAGGCUGUGAAGAACAGUAACCGCGAGUUGACCCGUCUGCUCCUGAGUCAAGGCUCAAAUUUGGUGUAUAAGGAGAACAAGGAGGGCAAGUGCCCGCUAUAUUUGGCAGUCGAGAUGGAGGACUCGACGAAUCUAAAGCUUUUGAUGGAAGCGGUGGAUGGGCAUGAAAUCCUUCCCUCCCAGAUUGAAGGCAUGUCACCGGUUCACGGAGCCGUGCUUUACAAAAGGAUAGAAAUGCUGAAGGAGAUGUCGAAGCGGAAGGAGCUAUUUGAUUUAAGAGAUGAUAAAGGCGGUACUCCCCUCCAUCUAGCAGCAUAUUUGAAUUACAUUGAUGGAGUCGAAUUCUUGGUCAACAACUUUGCUUCGAGCGCCUUUGAGGGCGACAAAGAGGGCUAUCUUCCGAUUCAUGUCGCAUGUAAGAUGGAUCGUCGUAUAAUAGUCAAGAAGCUACUUCAUCUUUGGCCGAAUCCGGAUGAGUUGCUAAAUCUUAAGGAUGGGCAAAAUAUACUUCACGUUGCGGCAAAAUGUGGUAGCACCUCGGUAAUACGCUUCAUACUCGACAAUCCCAAGCUUGAGAGGCUUAUUAAUGCGAAAGACAAGGAAGGAAAUACGCCUCUACAUGUGGCCGCAUCGCAGUUGAAAUUCCCAGCUAUUUUGUCUCUCGUUGCAGAGGAGGUAGUUGAUAUUGAAGUUGUAAACAACCGCCACUUGACGGCUUUGGACAUUGCAGAUGAGCAACUGGCAAAAAUAUGGACAUUAGAAGCUGUUAAAGCACCCAGAAGCAUAUACAGAGCAUCUCGCGGGCCAGAAGGCAGAGACCCGUGGCCAACAGCCAUAGACCCGGUGAGAGACACGAAGCCUACGCAUUUGGAUCGCCUGAGGGACAAGGCCAAUGCACAUAUGGUCGUGGCAGCGCUCGUCGCCACCAUGACAUUCGCCGCUGGCUUUUCAGUUCCCGGAGGAUAUAAGAAUUCUGAACCAGAUGUUGGAAUCGCUGCGCUGUUGAACAAGCCCAUGUACGACGUCUUCGUGAUCUGCAACACCAUCGCCAUGUACAGCUCGAUAAUUGCAGUUGUGUUGCUUCCUCAAACACAGCUCAUUGAAUUUCAGGUGCCGAAUAUUUUCCUCAAAAGGGCAAAGCAGUCGCUGGACCUAGCUAUUGCCACCAUGUCCGUAGCUUUCAUGGCGGGGGUCUACGUGACCGUAAGCAAACGCACUUGGGUCGCCGUUGUUUUCUUGAUCAUUGGAAUCACUGCCCUCGAACACACUCAGAUAAGAGCAAGAGACAAUUCACUCAUCAGUGAUCCUAAUUCAGUUUCACCCAAAGUAGAGACGGAGAAGCUAUUCGAGUUGUCUUCUGAAGGGUUUGCUCCCCUUGCUCCUAUCAGCAACCCAUCUGCCACAAACACCGCCACCAAACCAUACGUCAGCAGCAGCUUCAUCGCUCCAUUUUCCCAGCCUUCAUGGUUCACGCCGAGUGCAGUGAAGAUGGCUUUCCACUUCUCAACGGUCACAUCUGGUGGUCCAUCAAGCAUCACCACAUGGAGUGUUUCAAUCCCGAUGUCGGAGGCAGCUUAA